AUGGCAAUAUCCUACCCCCGUCCGGACUUCCAACGCACCCCUCUAAACUGGGGCACCUUGGACGGUCCCUGGACCUUCACCUUCGACGACAAAGACGAAGGCCUACUCGCGAAAUGGCACAAAACAAGCCUGCAAGGGAAAUCUUCCCACCAGAUAAUAGUCCCAUACGCCUUCCAAACCCCAGCAUCGGGGGUAAACCUCAUCGAAGCACACGAGGUAAUGUGGUACGAGCGACGCAUCACAGACAUCCGCACUGCCGAUGAAAAGCAAAGGGGAAAUAGACUCCUCCUCCGCUUCGGCGCUGUCGAUUACGAGUGCUCCGUCUGGGUGGACGGUGUCCUUGUCGGCGGACACCGUGGCGGACAUGUGCCAUUCGAUAUAGACGUCUCCGACGCCCUGGCCGAAGGCGCUACCGAAGCUCGUCUCACUCUCCGCGUUAGAGAUUCACCUUAUGACUUGACCCAGCCGCGUGGUAAGCAGUUCUGGGGACCUGUUCCGGAGAGUAUCUUCUACACGCCCAGCGGGGGUAUCUGGCUUUCUGUUUGGUUGGAGAGCGUUCCUGCUAUGCGGCUGCUAUGUGGGAGUGGAGGCACCGUGCUUCGUUCUAAUGAUAUCGAGGGCAGGAAGUUGCAUGCAAAGAUUCAAGUUGCCGGACGUCGGGCUGGAAGUGUGGCGAAGGUCGAGGUUGAGGCAUCGCUUGCAGGAGUAAGUGUUGCGAAGGUGGACGGUGAGGUUCCGCGGGAUAAAUUUUUCAUUGCACUUGAUUUGAGUAUGAAAGUCCCUGAGGCUGCGAUUGCGAAGUUGAAGGCAGCGAACCAGCAGCUGUUUGAUGUUGAUGGAGCCUGGAGUCGGGGUGUUGCGCUCUGGGCGCCAGAGCAUCCCAUUCUCUAUGAUAUUACGCUUCGGCUGUUUGAUGGGGCAGGCCUUCUUGUUGAUGAGGUCCAGACUACGACCGGCAUGCGUAGUCUAUCCUGGCAAACCGGCGACGGAACAUUCCGGCUGAACGGAAAGCCGUAUUUCCAGAUGCUAUUCCUGGACCAGGGAUACUGGCCUGGAACGGGCAUGACACCUCCUUCUUCAGAGGCUUUGAGGACGGAUAUCGAGCUAGCGCAGAAACUUGGGUUCAAUGGAUGCCGCAAGCACCAGAAAGUCGAAGACCCGCGCUUCUACUACUGGGCGGACCGGAUGGGCUUCCUCGUCUGGGGCGAGAUGGCAAAUGCCUACGAGUUCGACUCUAACUACAUUGAGCGGUUUACUAACGAGUGGACCGAAGCCGUGAAGAGAGAUAUCAACCACCCAUCAGUGAUCACCUGGACGCCAAUUAAUGAGUCCUGGGGUGUAUCUGCUUUAAAGGACAAUAUCGAGCAGCGCAAUCAUGUUCGCGCUCUGUACUACUUGACCAAGUAUGGCCCACCCGGUGGCGCAUUGUCUACGGACCUCGACCCUAGCAGGCCAAUCAACGACAAUUGCGGUUGGGAACACGUCAAAACAGACCUUACGACUUUCCACGACUACAGAGACUCAGCCGAGCUUGGUGGAGCAUGCACUAGCAUAUCAGGGAUCCUCGAACCGAAAGGUGGACACGAGGUUUUCACCAAACCAAUCUACUCGGGACUACUUGGUUCAACGAUCGUCGACAAAGGUGCCCGGCAUACGCCUGGUGCACCGGUGAUCUGCACCGAGUUCGGCGGUGUUAAUAUCGCACCGCCUAAGAACUCUGCUGCCGCCGGGGAGCGGGACUGGGGUUAUACGACUGCGAGUGACCCGGCAGAUUUCUUGGUUCGGUUUGAGAAGUUGGUUAUGGCGGUUGUGAGACCAGGACAUAUUUGUGGGCUUGUCUGGACUCAGUUGUGUGAUAUUGAGCAAGAGGUGAAUGGUCUAUAUACCUAUGAUCGUAAAGAGAAGGUUCCUGCGGAGAAGGUGAAGGCAAUUAUGGAUGCUGCGAGGGACCAUUAUUACCAUCAUGUCACGUCUCAUCACUCGAAGGGCUUUAAGAAGCUGCUGGAUCAGUAUAAGCAUGUUGUGCAUCGUUAG